UCGGAAUCCAUCUAUACAUUUGAAUCCCAUUUCUCUCCCAACAACGAGUUAUGGCCGACCGAUUGACCCAACUUCAAGAUGCUAUUGAUGAGGUCUAGUUCACUAUUGAAAACAUACAUUCUUAUCUCCUUGCUGACUCUAAUUAGCUCGCUCUUCAAUUUGUCGCAUCGCUCGUAUGGGUUAACAAACAUCAUGACUACCAAACUCUCAGCCCCACCGACAUUGUCCGGAAGGACACCAAGAAAGAUGAAUCGGGUGAAGCAUUGCCAAAUGAAGACGGCUGUGAGAACCCUAGCUCUCCCUUCUUCUAAACUCGACUGAUCUCCCUUUAUAGUAGAACCAUUACCCGCGGACAAAUUCAAAGAAGGCCAGGUGGAAUUGGCACGAGAUCUUAUUGUCAAGGAACAACAAAUCGAGGUACUUAUCACAGCAUUGCCGGGCUUGGAGAAUAGCGAAAAAGAGCAACAGCAGACAAUUCAACGGUUAGAGCGGGAACUGAAGGAGGAGGAGGAGAGGAGGAAAGAGGCUUUGAAGGAGAAAGAGGCUGUUUUGGCUAGGUUGGAGGGAGUUAUAAGGAGUAUCAAAAGACCCUGAACUAAUUUUUAUUUGAUUCUUUCUUCCUAUUUAUCUAUAACUGCGAGAUUUGGCGUUUGGGUGGAGGGAAGGCGUCUGGAAAUAGGGAAAUGCGUCGGGCUGUCGGGUCUAGUGGAUUUUCAACAUUAAAAAAGUCUGGGGAACGGCGGGAAGCGUAAAGUACACCGUCGUUUUAAACUACCUGUAAGGCAGACGGUUAUCCUAGAAUCCUGCAUGGCCUACAUAGACAAAUAUCAAUUUGAUCGGGCUGUGACAUGGGGCACUGUUGAAGGAAUGAAAGAUCAAUACCAUGAUACAGAAGGAUGUCAACGAGAGAACUGCGGAACUUGUAGCUCAGGACAGUCAAUGU